UAUUAUAUUUUAAUUUUUUUUAGAAAAGUAAAUAUCUAAAAUGUUUUUGAAAAAAAGUUUACUUUUAAAUAUUAAAUUCACUUUAAAAUCUUGCAAACUUUUUGCAUCGACAGAGAGUUUGAUAUCUUGUUCACAACUAUUCGACUUCAUGAAAAAGCCUUUGUGGUAUGAAAGUUAUCGAAUUCUUGAUGCACAAUGGGAUUUGAAGAAUGAGGAUUACCGAGCAAAGCAUUUAUCAAAAAGAAUAUUUGGAUCUAAGUACUUUUCAUUUGAUGAGUGUUGUGAUAAAAAAUCUGCUUAUCCUCGAAUGCUUCCUUCUGAAAAUUAUUUUGAAGAAUAUGUCAGCAACUUGGGUAUAACAAAUAAUCACCAUGUUAUUAUUUAUGAUAAUCAUGAAGUUUUUGCACUUUAUUCUGCACCUCGUGUAUGGUGGAUGUUUAAAGCUUUUGGCCAUGAAAAGGUUUCUGUUUUGAAUGGUGGUUUAAGAAAAUGGGUCGAGGUUGGAUUUCCCACAGUUACUGGACCUUAUGCAAAUGAAGAGUUGGAAGCAUCAAAGAAACAUUAUAAAGCAUCGUUAAAUUACUCGUGGGUAAAAGAUUUUGAAUGGAUUCAGAAAAAUUCGAAUUCAACAUUACCUGUGCAGGUAGUAGAUGCACGAAAUCGUAAUAGGUUUUUAGGUAUUAAAAAUGAUGGUAGUAUUGACAAAGAAGGUGGCCACAUUCCUUCUUCUCUAUCCAUUCCAUUUGAUGGACUAUUUGAUAAAGACAAUAAUAGUUUACUGGGAAAAGACUUAAUAAAUAAAUAUUUUGCAGAUAACUAUAUUGAUACAAGUAAAGAUGUUGUUGCUUCUUGCGGUUCGGGAGUUUCAGCUUGUAUUUUAUCUUUUGCGCUGCACCAUUCAUGUGAUAGAAAAGUUCCAGUUUAUGAUGGUUCGUGGUCUGAAUGGAAAGUUCGAGCUACUCCAGACUCAUUAGUUCGAAUAGUGAAUUGAAGAAAAAAUUUGUAACUUUUAAUUUUUAAUUUAUAUUUAUAUUUACUUUUUACACAUCUUUAUAUUUAUUCAAUAAUAUUAAAUUUCUUAUUUUAAAUUCAAUAUUGUCAUUAUUAAUGUUUUGUAUCAUUUUUUGUACUUUAAUGUUAAUUUGUUUAUGUUUUUUUUGUACUUUAAUGUUAUAUCAAUUUGUUUAUGUUUUGUUUGCUUGAAUGAAUGUAGCAAGUUCUUUGCAAUAAUUAAAUAUCAAUUCGUUUAUGUUUUGUAUGCUUAAAUGUAUGUAGCAAGUUCUUUGCAAUAAUUAAACAAACUUUUAGAAAAUUAUUCAUAAAAAAACUUCAUGGCAAAAA